CAGUAGCCUCUUGGAGAGGAGGCGAGAGGCAGCUUGAACUCCAGCCAUGUCGUCAGUAAGAAGGGAAACGCCAACACUUCAGACUAAUGUUGUGGCUGACGUAUCUCUUGCACUGGAAUGAACCAAAUACCCAAAAAGGGGGUGACAUAAAAUUUAAGCAGCCUCCAUGAACAACCUUAAUGACCCCCCAAGAUGGAACAUUCAACCAAACCCAAGAGAAAGGGAGGAGGGUGGAGCGGAUGGAAACCAGUGGAAUUAUGCUUUAUUGGUGCCGAUGCUGGGACUGGCAGCAUUUCGUUGGAUCUGGACACGUGAGUCUCAGAGAGAAAUCGAGAAGGUCAAAUCCAAAUAUAACAAGGAUGUGUUCAUGGUAAAAAGUGAGAUGGAAUCCCGGUACGAGGAGACGUUAACAGAGAGGCGCAGAGCCGUGGCUGCCUUGGAGCUAGAGCUGGAGAUGGAGAGACAGAGGGUGAAAGGCUACAAACAUGCCAUGAUCUCACAGAGCCAUCAUCUGGUGGAAGAACGGAAACGCUUACAGCAGGAGCGUGACUGGUUAGAGGAAGAGAAGCAAAGAUAUGUAAAUUCUGGAGCUGGAGCAGCUGUGCUCCAUCAAGCCAUGGAUCAACAGAACGAGUGGUUCCAGAGAGCCAAUGCCACAUUGCGCGAGCUCGAGGCUCAACUUGUGGAGCGCCAGAAUGCUUACUGUUCACUAAUCCUGCCUCGAGACAAGCGCCUGGAAAUGGAGCGAAACAUGCUGCUGAAGGUGGUCAAAGAGCCAGUCACAGAAGAACUUGAUCUAGAAGCUGAUCUUAAAGAUAUCUUCAAGAGGGAUAAGCAUUGUGCAAACCUGAUGAACAUGGACAAGAGAAAAAACGGCAGUCUCAUGUGGGUGUACCUCAAGUACUGGCAGCUGCAGGUCAAUGUUGAAAGACACAAGAGAACAGAGGCCGCCAUUUUAGGUAGAAACAUUAAGCCGCAAGCAAAAUGAUGACAAGAUGAGGCAAUUACUGUAUUUUCGUCUGACUUGUAUGACAUCAGAAAUGGAAUAUGCAUGAAGUUUGUCUUGUUAAGACAUUUUCAUAUAUUUCAAGAAAUGCUGCUAAGUAGUUAUUCCUCAAUUUAACUUAAGUCGGCUCAGAUUAAACCCAUUAGCUUAAACCAGGAGGUUCAAAAGUAAGAAAAUGAUAUCCACAUUGGAUAAUAUAAUCAAAGCGUGAAUAUGUUGUUUUGAAAUCUAAAAUCAGAAUAUGUGGCGUCUAACUUCUGAUGCACGCAAUUGAAUCUAUAAUGGUAAUAUACUGGACCUGUGUUCAUCUUUGUGUGACAUGAACUUCAAAACCAACAUUUUCCUUUAUACUAUCUGAUUGAAAGUUAUUUUAUCUUGAAAUUCAGUGGAAUGUGAUGAUGCAUAAGAUCCAAUUCAACAACGUCCUUCGCCAUCUCCUGUCAUCUGUAACUGAGCAAUUUCACGAGUAUCAGAAGAUAAGUGCGCAAAGAUGUAUUAAGUGAUAAGUUUCUGAAGUGACACCUCAACCUUCAUACAAAGUAAAUGUCAUGUUGACAUUUCUUUUAAUGGUAAAAUGACUCUUAGGUUUUAGUUUUGAGUCCCUCUAAUUUUCAGUUGCGUAGAGACCAUAUAAUUGCUAUGUAUUUUGUGCACAUUAAAUUAGGAGUAAGCCUCUGA